CUGCUCCGAUCCAGAUCUUCGAGCUCCUCCGUUCGCGGCGGGCUUCGAUCCUACGCCGCCGCCGCCGCCGCAGCAAUCGCCCGGGCGCUCGCCGGCGCGGUCUCCUCCCCGCCGUGGCCCAGCUCGAAUUUCCCCGGCGGCUUCGUUGCGGUUCCGUCUCCGCCGUCGCUUCGGUUGUCGUUUUCGGCGCCGAGAUCCGGAGCUUGAUCUCUGCUCGCGAUUGGACGGUCGGAGAUUCGUGCUGCUAGAUAGAUAGAGAGAGAGAGAGAGGGAGUUGGAGGAGAUGGAGAGCGAGAAGAAAGCGUCGGCGGUGUCCGAUGUGGGCGCGUGGGCGAUGAACGUGGUGAGCUCCGUCGGCAUUAUCAUGGCCAACAAGCAGCUCAUGUCCUCCGGUGGCUACGCCUUCAGUUUCGCUACGACGCUGACCGGGUUCCACUUUGCCGUGACUGCGCUGGUGGGUCUGGUGUCGAAUGCUGCUGGUUAUUCGGCAUCUAAGCACGUUCCUAUGUGGGAGCUUCUCUGGUUCUCUAUUGUUGCUAAUAUGUCCAUCACGGGGAUGAACUUCAGCUUGAUGCUUAACUCCGUCGGAUUUUACCAAAUUUCGAAACUGAGCAUGAUUCCUGUUGUUUGCGUGAUGGAGUGGAUCCUGCACAGUAAGCAUUACUCAAGGGAAGUGAAAAUGGCUGUUCUGGUUGUGGUAGUAGGAGUUGGUGUUUGCACGGUUACGGAUGUAAAAGUCAAUGCCAAAGGUUUUAUAUGUGCUUGUGUGGCUGUCCUCUCUACAUCGUUGCAGCAGAUUUCAAUAGGCUCCUUGCAAAAGAAAUACUCGAUUGGAUCUUUUGAAUUGCUGAGCAAGACAGCUCCAAUCCAAGCCGUCUCUCUCCUUGUUUUUGGUCCAUUUGUUGAUUACUUCCUCAAUGGCAUUGCGAUAACAGACUAUAAGAUGUCUUACGGUGCCCUGUUCUUUAUACUUCUCUCUUGCUCGCUGGCGGUAUUCUGCAACAUGAGUCAGUACCUCUGCAUAGGACGGUUCUCGGCCACCUCCUUCCAGGUUUUGGGCCACAUGAAGACGGUGUGUGUCCUCAUACUAGGGUGGUUGCUCUUCGAUUCCGCGCUGACUCUGAAGAACAUAAUGGGGAUGAUCAUAGCCAUUCUCGGCAUGGUAGUGUACAGUUGGGCCGUGGAGCUAGAGAAGCAGUCGCACGCAAAGACCGCGCUGAAUGUGAAGAACAGUCUCACGGAAGAGGAAAUCAGGCUUUUGAAGGAAGGUGUCGAGAAUGCUCCCGUGAAAGACGUUGAACUUGGCGAGUCCAAGGUAUAGGUCUGGUAUCUUCACGUGUUUUUACCUAAUUUAUUGUCUCGCUGCAGCAGUUUGCGGUCAUUUGCUGCUGCUGUCUUCACCCCUGGCGUGCGUCCUCCGUAGAAUUGCCCCCCACCCCGUCUGUUUCGCCUAGAAAAUUCUUUGUUUUAUUUAAUUUAUCACCUUGUUAAGUUAUUUUUUCCCAUUUGAUAUUUGUUGUGAAUGUUAUAGGGACUGAUGAUCAUGGAAAUAUAAUUCCAUUUUUCAAAUCA